AUGCAGUACAAGACUCUCUCCACCCUCCUCUUCGCGACCGCCGUUGUUGCUGCUCCCAAGCCCGCCGACUCCGAUGCCGACACCACUCCCACCUUGGUGAUUCCAGCGUCCAUCGAGGCCAUCAUCGAAACUGCCGCCCCCACCACCUGGUUGGAGAGCAUCAUCGAGGAUCCCGCAUUCUACUCCUCCGAGAUUGCUGCUCUUGAGCAGGGUCAACUCCCCGACUGGGCUAGCUCUCUCCCCUCCGCUGUGAUUGCCUGGGCUACCUCCGAGGCCGCUGUCAUUGCCUCUGAAUCUGGUAGCACUAUCGCCGUCGUCACCUCCGCCCCAACUUCAUCAGGCUCCUCCGCAGCCUCCAGCUCGGGCUCAUCCUCGGGCUCCUCCGGCAAGACCACUGCCACUGGCACCAACUCCUCAUCAGGCUCCAGCUCUACUGGAUCUUCCUCCGACUCUUCCUCCGGCGCCGCUUCUUCCGAUGCUGCGGCUUCCUCUUCCGCUGCUGCAGCGUCUAGCACUUCCUCUGCUGGAGCUCCCGCUGCCACUGGCGGUAUCGCUAUGAGCCUUGCCGGUGCUGCUGGUAUCCUCGGUGUCGCUCUCGCUCUGUAA